UCGUUACAUCAUGCUUAAAAACUCCAAGCAGACACUGCCUUUGCUCAAUCUCCCACUGACCAUUUUCGAUUUCUCCAAAACCCUCCAUGAAAUUCCUUCUCAAAAAACGCUGUUCCUUCUCCUUCUUCACCCGCUAUUGCCGCUGUUAUUGUUGCUGUUAUUGUUGCUCUCAGCCUUAAGACUUCUCCAAUGGACUUAUCAUCAUCAUCGUCAUCUUCCCACCACCAUUCGAGUGCUCUCUCUUUAGCUCUCGCCUGCCCCUCUUCAUCUUCGUACGACACCGAACCCCAUGUCACCCUUCAAGAAUUUCGGAUUAUGGGUCAGCCUAUGUGCGUCAAACGCCCUGAAACGACACCGUACUGGGGCAACCGGCCGCUGAAAACGGCAGACCCAGAAAUUUUUUCCAUCAUGGAGGAGGAAAAGGAUCGUCAACGGAACGGAAUUGAGCUUAUAGCAUCGGAAAAUUUUGUGUGCAGAGCCGUUAUGGAGGCUCUGGGGAGUCAUUUGACCAACAAGUACUCUGAAGGUAUGGUUGGAGCUCGAUAUUAUGGUGGCAAUGAGUUUAUUGAUGAAAUUGAAAAACUUUGUUGCAAAAGGGCGUUGUCUGUUUUUGAUUUAGAUAACGAAACUUGGGGUGUGAAUGUGCAGCCUUAUUCGUGUACUUCAGCGAAUUUAGCUGUUUAUACAGGGCUUUUGUUGCCGGGUGAUAGAAUUAUGGGACUCGAUACGCCAUCAGGAGGGAACACUAGCCAUGGAUAUUAUUUGCCGAACGGGAGGAAAGUGUCUGCAGCUUCAAUUUUCUUUGAGAGUUUGAUGUAUAAGGUAAAUCCGCAGACUGGUUAUAUUGAUUAUGAUAAGUUGGAGGAGAGGGCUUUGGAGUAUAGGCCAAAUAUUUUGAUUUGUGGAGGGAGUUCAUAUCCGAGGGAGUGGGAUUAUGCAAGGUUUAGGCAGGUUGCUGAUAAGUGUGGGGCAGUUUUAAUGUGUGACAUGGCUCAAAUUAGCGGACUUGUGGCAGCGAAGGAAUGUGUUAGUCCCUUCAACUACUGUGACAUUGUUACUUCAACUACUCAUAAAAGCCUUCGAGGUCCUAGGGGUGGUAUAAUUUUUUAUAGAAGAGGUAUAAAGCCAAGAAAGAGAGGGAUCCUUUUAAACCAAGGUGUUGAAAGCGAUCGAUAUGACUUGGAGGAUAAGAUAAACUUCGCUGUCUUUCCAUCAUUACAAGGUGGACCACAUAAUAACCACAUUGCUGCUCUUGCUAUAGCCUUAAAGCAGGUGGCUUCACCUGAAUACAAGGCAUAUAUGCAGCAGGUGAAGAAGAAUGCACAAUCAUUAGCAAACGCAUUGCUAAGAAGAAACUGUAGGCUAGUAACUGGAGGCACAGACAACCAUUUGUUACUUUGGGAUAUAAGGCCUCUUGGAUUAACAGGUAAAUAUUAUGAGAAGGUUUGUGAGCUCUGUCAUAUUACUCUCAACAAAGUAGCUAUUUUUGGUGACAAUGGUGCCAUUACACCCGGAGGAGUAAGAAUCGGUACUCCUGCCAUGACAUCAAGAGGUUGCCUUGAGUCGGAUUUUGAGACCAUGGCUGACUUUCUCCUUAGAGCUGCACAUAUUGCAAUUAUGGUGCAGCGUGAACAUGGGAAAUUGCAAAAGGGUCUUCUGGAGAGUCUCCAUAGCAACACGGAUAUUUUAGAGCUUCAGACACAAGUCGAAGCUUUUGCAACUCAGUUUGCAAUGCCGGGUUUUGACAUUUGACAGGGUUUUGAAGAUAUUCUGUCCGAGCUUCUAUGUUUUAUCCAUCUGCUGUCAUAAACAUCUCUGCAACUUCUUCCAUGGGUUAACCUUCAAUCACAAAGGAUCACAGCAUGGCGGAGAUAUUGUUACCUUUUCAUUGGCACUCUUCCAAAAUUUGAUUGGGAGGAAAGAUUACGGCGACAUAAAAGUGAUCGAUUCUUGAGUCAUUCUUAAUCCCUUGAAGCCCCAAAUUCUUUCUAGCAAUUACUAUUUUUGGAUAAAGUGAGCACCUUGCCAGUUCGAUAAACUUUAUAUUCACCUGUACAAUUGUUAAUAUACAUACAUGUUACAUGUCA